GAUUGGAGUUAGUCAGCAGCAGUCUCUCCUCUGCACAGCGUUUGACUCCCAAUUUUGCGAAACUAAGAUGAAGUCCAUUGUCGCCUGUCUUUUGGUUUUGAUUGUUGCCGUCCAGUCCCAAUGGCCGAACAACUUCGGGUACGGUGUCCAUCCUGCUGGAUUCUUUGGCGGAUUCAACGGCCUCUACCCGGGUUACGCCGGAUUCCCGGCCGGACCUUUUUACGGACAUCCAGGACGAUAUGUCAACUACCCGGCUGCAUCUCUGCCAGCCUAUGACGCCUUCGGCAACCAAGUCGGAGGCUAUGGCCAAGUGCAGGACACGCCGGAAGUGGCCCAGGCCAAAGCGGCUCACUUUGCCGCCCAUGACGCCGCCAGGGCUCGUCUCUUUACUCCCGUUGUAGCGGCUCCUGUUGCUGUUCCCGUCGCUGCUGAUGCUGCUGUGGCUCCCACUCUGGCUAUGGAAACUGCUGCUUCUUCGCUGGUAGAAACUGUUGCCACUCCGGUGGUUGAAACCGUUUCCGCUCCGGUCGUCGAAACUGUUGCCGCUCCAGUUGAGUCUGUCGCUGAUGUUGCCACUUCCAUCAUGUCCCGCAAAAAGCGACAGAUUCAGCCAUUGGCCAACGCUCCUUUUGGUUUCCCCUACGGAGGAUAUUAUCCAGCACCCAAUAACUUCCAGCAUUCUGCUGUUCCCUAUAUUACUCCUAAUGUGGGUGCUGGUGCUGCUGUCGCCCCAAUCUUCCCGAUGGCCACCUCCACCCAAUAUCACGCCCAAGAUGAAUUCGGUCAGACGACAUUCGGCUACGCUCACCCCGGCCAAGUCGCCACCAACUACCGUGACGCACUGGGAAAUCAAAUCGGCAGUUACUCUUACUUCAACCCGGAAGGUAAACAAGUCCGUGUGUCUUACACCGCUGACCACAGAGGCUUCCGGGUCCUGUCAAACGACUUGCCCGUCGGUCCCGUUCAAGUGCAAGACACCUUUGAAGUGGCCCAGGCCAAAGCCGCCCACUUUGCCGCCCAUGCGGCUGCCAGGGCUCGUCUGAUUAGCACACCGCCAGCAGUCAGCAGCACCGCCAUUGAGGCUCCAGUUGCUGCUGCAGCAGAACCAGCAGCAGUGGUCGUCGCCAGCCCUGAUGCUGCAACUGUAGCCUAAACUGCUUAGAUAAUGCAAAUAAUAGGUCAUUAAUUAGAGCUUUCUUCAUUGUAUCAUAAGUCGAACAACCAUCUUUUUUUGCUGUAUUAUACACGCCAGAAAUAAACCGAAAUUCCGAUUUAAAAAAA